UGUCGCCUAGUGCCUGUCGCAGGCCAGAGGUUCCGUCACCAGACGAAAUGGCGGAGGCUGCGGUGGUGGCGUGGGUUCGCGGCCCCGGUACCGUGUGGAAGGCGCUGCCGUGUGCCUCGGCUGGGUGCUCCGUGCGCGAUGUGAUCUACCGACACUGCCAGGAACAGGAAAUUCCCGUGGAAUGCUUCUUUGUGAAGUGCAAUGGAGUCCUUGUUGAUGCCGGUGAUGAGCUGCAGCAUGGAGCUGUGUACAGUUUGGAGCCCAGGCUUUGUGGGGGGAAAGGAGGUUUUGGGUCUAUGCUUCGAGCACUUGGUGCACAGAUAGAGAAAACAACCAAUAGAGAAGCCUGCAGGGAUCUCAGUGGGAGGAGAUUACGAGAUGUCAAUCAUGAGAAAGCGAUGGCUGAGUGGGUAAAACAGCAAGCCGAGCGAGAGGCUGAAAAGGAGCAAAGGCGCCUGGAGAGACUGCAGCGGAAGCUUGCCGAGCCUGCACACUGCUUCACCAGUCCCGACUACCAGAGGCAGUGCCAUGAGAUGGCUGAGCGUCUGGAGGACUCAGUUCUCAAAGGUAUGCAGGCUGCCUCCAGCAAGAUGGUAUCAGCAGAAAUCACUGAGACUCGGAAACGGCCUAACAAGUCAAAAACGGACCAGGGAACUGGUGCAAAGAAAAGGAAAUGCUUUUGGUUGGGAAUGGAUGGGCUGGAGGCUGCUGAGGGAUCCAGUACUGGAAGCUCAGAGGACAGCUCAGAGGAUGACAGUGAGGAUGCUCCUGGGACUUCGGAGCAGAGCUGCUGUGCUCGGGAAAAUGGCAGUGAUGCUGUAGAGGUGGCAGCCGACCGACCCAGCAGUCCUCAGAGCUCAGCAUCUGGUACACACUCUGAGUCACCUGAAAAGCUUCAGAACCCCACUGAGCCAGGACAGGGCAUGGAGAACACAGGAACUGAGCCAGGAGACACCUCUGACAAGGACGACGCAAGGAAGACAGUCACAGAAACAGAGGAGAGUCCCCAGCCCACAGAAAAGGACCAAAAGACAGGAAUGUCUGCUGGGGACAGAGCUGCCAUGGCUUUGUCUGCAGAAGACAGGAAAAGUGUCCCUGCUGCUAAUCUGGAGGAAAACAACUCAGGAGACACAGCUCUUGGUCUGGAAGCGGUGGAUCUGUCAGCAUUCAGCUCCGCGGCCGAGUUGGAGUCGCUGGGUUUGGAGAGGCUCAAGUGUGAACUGAUGGCCCUUGGACUGAAGUGUGGGGGGACCCUGCAGGAGCGCGCAGCCAGGCUCUUCGCUGUCAGAGGCCUCGCAAAGGAGCUCAUUGACCCAGCUUUAUUUGCCAAGCCUUCCAAGGGGAAGAAGAAGUGAAUUUCCUUGGCACACUUCCUCCACUGUGACAGACUUGUGGCCAGUGUUCCUUUUGAUACUAAAAGACAGUUUUUUAAUAAUUCGGUUCUAACUAGUCUCUUUUCUAACUAGUCUCUUUUCAGUGGUACCUGGGCUUGAGGUUUUAUAUGUUAUUUUUUUCUUUGUUUUUGUAAGAGACUUUCUCUGUAGCCCAGACUGACCAAGGACUGUGUAGUUCACUUUGGUUUCAAACUUGCGGCGAUCCUCCUGUCUCGGGCAUGAGCUGCUGCACCUGCUUUCCCAGAGAUGUAUACAUUUCUUUGGCUUUAUAUACUGUGUCACUUGAGUAAGAUAUUUUCAAGAAAUGUAUUUGUAUAACCCAAAGCAGUCAGGUUUGUAGACAACAGUUAUUCAUAACAUUCAUUUUAAAAACUUGUUUCUCUUUGGGGGGGGAGAAUAUGAGAGAAUGAGUGUGUGUGUGUGUGUGUGUGUGUGUGUGUGUGUGUGUGUGUGUGUGACUGACCAGGGAUGGAGCCUAGCUGUUUCCAGGCCUCUCACACUGGGGAUUUUUAUUCUAGCUAGGGGCCUAUUUUGUUUGGUUUUCAAAGAAUCAGGUUUUUAGCUUUGUGGAUUUUUCUCAGUUGUUGAUCAGUUGUUGAUCUCAUUGGCGUUUGAAUUUUAUUUCCUCUCCUACAUGCCUCCUUGUGGUUAUCAUUUUUCUUUAGCUCCUAAGUCUUUAAUCACUGGUUAUAGAUAUUAUUAUUAUUAUUAUUAUUAGUGUAUUGCCCAAUUAGCAAAUGUUUAUAUUUUCUGUAAAUGUUUUAUUGAUAGUGACUAUCUGACUAUUCAGGACAGAAGGUACCUGGCAUCCUUUUUGUGACUGACCCAGGAUAGGGUCUGACAUGAUCUGUGCUGCGUGCUGUUGGAAGGAACAUAUCCUCAGUUGGCAGCAGGCAGUGCUCUGGACACCUAUUAUGUGAGGGGUUAGUCGGAUCAUUCAGAUGACCUGCCUUCGCUGGUUUAUUUUCAUAAGGAACUAAGAGCAAACUCAAAUCUCAAUUAUCAUUGUGGCAGUUGCCUCUUUUUGAGAUUAAAAAUAACUUCAUUAGUGUUUGCUAAGUUGUCGGUUGUAUAUUAAUUCAGUGACCUUAUAUAUGUAUGUUUCUGCAUUGCCUUAAUAUGUCUGGCUCUGGGCUGGAGAGAUGGCUCAGUGGUAAAGAGCAUUGCCUGCUCGAAGGUCCUGAGUUCAA